AUGUCAAAGAAGGAGAACUUUGAACUAGCCGUCACCACUCUCGAAGAGGGAGAAACGACAACGAUACAUGACGUUGGGGCUGAAACAAUUCGGUCGCUCGAAGGACAGGCGCCGUCAUUAGAAGAAAGAAUUGCGCGAAGAAAGCUUUUUCCCCGCCAAGUUUCAAUGAUUGGAAUUGGUGGUGCUAUUGGAACGGCGCUUUUUGUCUCAAUUGGAACGCAAAUUAUUCAUGGCGGGCCAGGCUCACUCUUGAUAGCAUUUUGUUUGUGGUCAGUUGUAUUUAUUGGCCUUUCGCAGUGCAUGUGCGUCAUGGUGACGUAUUUGCCAGUUACUGGUUCUUUUGUGCACUUCACAGAGAGAUUCGUUGACAGUUCGUGUGGAUUUUCUGUGGGAUGGACUUAUUUUGUGUGCCAAGCAGCAAAUGUGUGCUUUGAAAUAACAGCUGUAUGUCUAGUAGUCGAAUUCUGGACAGAUAAAAUACCGAAAGCAGCUCUGAUCUCAAUUCUAAUCGCGCUGUUUGGCUCCCUUAAUCUGUUUUCCGUAUUUAUUUUUGGGGAGGGUGAAUUUUACUUAUCAAUUGGUAAGGUUAUUUUGGCGAUUGGGCUUAUUUUCUUCACCAUUGUCGUUAUGGCAGGGGGUAACCCGCAACAUAAAGUUCUGGGAUUCAAGAAUUGGUCCAAUCCAGGCGCAUUUGCCGAAUAUAUUUCCAAAGGCUCAGCCGGAAAAUUUCACGGUUUUAUGUCUUGUCUGAUCUUCGCCUUAUACGUCUUCUGGGGAGUUGACUACUUAGGAAACGCAGCUAGCGAAGCAAUGAACCCAAGGAAAGUGAUCCCUUCAUCUUUUCGGAAAGUUUUCGGAAGACUUAUCAUUUUUUACAUUGGUGGCGCGAUUUGCGUUGGCAUUCUUGUCCCUUUCAACGACCACAAUAUGAUUAAAGCGAUAAGUGAGGGGGCAGUGGGGGCUGGGGCCUCUCCAUAUGUUUCUGCAAUGAAGACUCUUGGAAUAGGCGUGUUGCCUCAUAUUGUCAACGUUCUGAUAUUGACUUCUAUUAUCUCAGCUGGAAAUUCAUCUUUGUACUCGGCUUCAAGGGUUUUGCAUCGACUGGCACUGGAGGGUCAAGCCCCAAAGCUUUUCAAGAUAACGAAGAGAGGAGUACCUAUUUAUUGCUGUGUUGCUGUUCUACUGGUUUGUGGAUUAGCGUAUCUCUCAGUUUCCAACAGUACAAAUAACGUUUUAACAUGGUUCCUGAAUGUUGAGACAGCAGCAAUGGCAAUUGUUUACAUCUUCAUUUGCAUCUCGUAUUUGCAGUUUGCAAAAGGCUGUAAAGCACAAAACAUUGAUCUCAAAACUCUGCCUUAUUCCAGUUCCUUCCUGCCCUAUUUGGGUUGGCACUCACUUUUCUGGCUAGUCCUUAUGUUGUUCAUGAACGGUUAUGCAGUGUUUCUGAAAGACUCUUGGGACCUCCAAAGUUUUAUUUUUUCAUAUUUCAUGAUCCCGUUCUUCAUUGUGUUGUUCGCCGGUCACAAACUCUACAAGAAAACCAGGUUUGUAAAGCCAGUUGAAAUGGAUCUGUUCUCUGGAAUUGCAGAACUCGCAGAAGAGGACGCGUACUGGGAAGAAAAUCCUCCCAAAAUGAACUUGCUGGACAAGGCUUUUGGGUUUAUUCUAUAG